GGCGCAUCUCUGCACCACCCGCAGCCUCCCCGUCCUUUUCCAAAGAGCUCUCCUGCCGCAGUCGGGCCCAAAUUAAUUCUCUGCACUUGUGUGCGAGCACACACACGAGUUCCCCCGGCACGAUCCUCCCAUCUACCCCCAACCCCGUGGGGGCAGGUUUUCAACCAUUAACCUCCCAGCUACCUGGGGGGAGGUAGUAGCAAUGGAGCGGGGUGCGUUUUGCUAGUUGAAAGGCAGCAAAAUUAGCUGCCAUGCAAAAAGGGUUCUAUUUCUUGGAUUUUUGGACAAAGAAAUGCAAGAUGCUGUCCGGCCCGAGCCCCGAGAUGAGAUCCCGAGCGCUCGAGUCGGCAGACUGAUGGCUCCUGGGCCGGUUUCCCCAGAGCGAUGGUUUUAAAGCCCCAGCGCCCUAGCCUUUGUACCUCCUGUUUAUCUGCCUUUUCUUCCUCCUUUCCUCCCUUCCCUCCCCUUUCUCCUAUUCCUCUUCCAUCCCUACUCCAUCCCGCCCCACCGCCACCAGCAGCACCCACAAGACGAGGUCCUUCGGUCGGGUUGGGGCUCCCAGCCGGAGCGUGGGGAGGGCGCCUCCCCAUCCCCUCCUCCCUAUCCCCUGCCUCGGCUGGGGUUUUACUGCGGCAGCCGGAGGUGACAGCGACGCCUGGGUCUCCUCGGUUGCUCUCGGAGCCCCGGCUUCCCUGCACUGCCAAAGCGCCCCCUCCUGAGAGCCUAAUCUCGGGAGAAGUGUUAAGCAGCUACGGAAAAGAGCAUUUUAACGUGCAGAAGUCUCCGGGCUGCUUUUCUCCGAGGGCAGUGUAAUCUCCCAGGACAGAGUGGCAGCGCUUGGGAAGUUGGGACCUGAGAGCAAAGGGGGGAGGGGAGUGGUGCAGCCAGCAUUCUCUUCUGGAAGGAGUCACCGAGAGCCUGCGGUUGGAUACAAGUUUGCGUAAGAGUGUUUUCCUUUUGUCAAUUAUUAAUCACCGGAAUCAGUUUGGCAAAAUCGGAGUUUUAGCAAUAGUGCAGAGGGCGGGGCCCGAACACCUAACUCUGGGAGCCUCAGAGACACCCCGCGCAGUGGGUAGCUCGCAGCAGCUGGGGAGGAGCCACAGCAUCCCUGCUCUCCUAAAACCAGUAGAUGAAGGAACAAUAACCCAGGGAAGAGAAGGCAUCCACAUCAUUCAAAGGAGGCAAAAAGCAGAGAACCAGACGUGGACCUUCCUGGGCAGGACAGACUCUAUACAGCUUGAAGGGGUCAACCAUGGAUUUCAAACGUGUGAAGGAGUAUUUUGCCUGGAUCUACUAUCAGUACCAAAUUAUUACCUGCUGUGCCGUCAUGGAGCCUUGGGAGCAAUCUAUGUUUAAUACUGUUUUACUCACCAUUGUAGCUAUGGUGGUAUACACUGCUUAUGUCUUCAUCCCAAUCCACAUUCGCCUGGCUUGGGAGUUUUUCUCAAAAAUAUGUGGAUAUCACAGUACAAUUUCUAACUGACUUCAUUUGCAUUCUAUGAGAUGGUACUCUGUUUAUGUUGCUUACAACUUACUGACCUAGGUGACUUCUGUGUCGUCGUUCACUUACUGGCCUGACCAGCACUCUUCUAUGCAGUCAUAUCCUGCCUGGGGUAUGAAAUAGGCGUCUUCCAGUUGCUUCUGUAUAUGCUGCCUUGGGCACAGAACAUAGAAAAGACAAAGACUUUACCUUGCUUCCCAUAUUUGACUAUCUCAAAUCAAUGGCUUUAAAUUUCUUUUGAAAUAGGAUGCUUUCUUAUGAAACUUCUCUGGAAAUUGGUUCAUAAGAGACUUACCAGAAUCAUAUUUAAAAUGCUUCCUUGAUAUCUAUUCUGUACUAAAGGAUAUUUUACAAAACUUUCUUUUCUUCAAAGGCUACCAUUUAAAGUA